AUGGGAAGCAACCAUUCAUGGGUCUCAGAGUUCAUCUUGGUAGGACUCCAGCUCAGUGCAGAGAUGGAAGUCUCCCUCUUCUGGAUCUUCUCCCUGUUCUACAUCUUCAGUCUGUUGGCAAAUGGCACGAUCUUUGGGCUUAUCUGUCUGGACCCGAGACUGCACACGCCCAUGUACUUCUUCCUCUCACACCUGGCCAUCAUUGACGUGUCCUAUGCAUCCAAUAAUGUCCCCAAGAUGUUGGCAAACUUAGUGAAUCAGAAGAGAACCAUCUCCUUUGUUCCAUGCGUAAUGCAGACAUUUCUCUAUCUGGGUUUUGCUGCGACAGAGUGCCUGAUUUUGGUGGCGAUGUCUUAUGAUAGGUUUGUGGCCAUCUGCCACCCCCUGCAGUACUCUGUCAUCAUGAGCUGGAGAGUGUGCUUUGUCCUGGCUGGCACUUCCUGGGUGUUUAGCUUCCUCUUGGCCCUGGUCCAUUUAGUUCUCAUCCUGAGGCUGCCCUUCUGUGGGCCUCAUGAAAUCAACCACUUCUUCUGUGAAAUCCUGUCUGUCCUCAAGCUGGCCUGUGCUGACACGAGGCUCAACCAAAUGGUCAUCUUUGGGACCUGUGUGUUUAUUUUACUUGGGCCCCUCUGCUUGGUGUUGGUGUCCUAUUCAUGCAUCCUGUUUGCCAUCCUGAGGAUCCAGUCUAGGGAGGGCCGCAGAAAGGCCUUCUCCACCUGUUCCUCCCACCUCUGUGUGGUGGGGCUCUACUUUGGCAGCGCCAUUGUCAUGUACAUGACUCCCAAUUCCAGCCACCCUGAGGAACAACAGAAGAUCCUUUCCCUGUUUUACAGCCUUUUCAACCCUAUGCUGAACCCACUGAUCUACAGCCUGAGGAAUGCAGAGGUCAAGGGCGCCCUGAGGAGAGUGCUCAAGCAGAGGCACAUGUGA